AUGCUGCGGCACUUGAUGGCCGAGCCCGAACUCGUGGAGAUCAUGUCGCACCGAUGCUACGGUGGGACACUGUACCGCUUCGAGCAUAUCAGCCCGGUGCUGGGCUAUUGCUCCAUGAAGCUUUCAGCCUUCGUGCCCAGUGGGCCGCCCACAAAGUUCCCCGGCGUCAUUUGGCUCUCUGGCAUGACCUGCACAGACGAGUCCUUCGCCCAGCGCGGCGGAGGCUUGGCGAUGGCCGAGCGAUUGAAGCUGAUCCUUAUCAUGCCAGACACCUCGCCGCGCGGAGAGGGCGUUCCUGACGAGGAUGGCUUUGAUGUGGGUGUGGGAGCAAGCUAUUAUGUGAAUGCGACGACCGACAAGUACAGGAAGCAUUACAGGAUGCUGGAUUACCUGACGCAGGACUUCGUUUUGUUAGGCGGAAAUUGUGACAGCGAAGCUUUUACAAGUUGA